GCUUCAACGGCACGGAAGAGAAUCGCUACCCAGCCAAUCGAAGUCUUCUCUUGCCCUGCUGUAUCUCAUAUCCUGUUGCGCGAGAUUCUUGGCGAUUCUGCUACUGGUUUUUAUUUUUAUUUUGCUAGUUCUUGAAAUUUCUUUCACGAGUGUCAGUAGCCAACUGCUGAUAACAACAUCCUAUCGUUCCUGUAGCCCCUUUCCGUGACCUUGCCAAAGAAUUUGCUCUUCUCUGUGCGUGUGCAAUUUCUUCCGCUACAGCUCAAGGAUCCGCUACUCUGCUGUUUUGGGAGAUUCGCCAUGGGCGGCGGGGCCGUUAACGACCACUUCCCGGGGGCCAGCGACCCGCUGCUCCCCACGAAGCGGGAUGGGGACGGGGACGAGGACGACGCAGGUGCCUCCGCGUUCCACGAGUUCGACGGCGCCUCCUUCGCCGGCGCGGUGUUCAACCUCUCCACCACCAUCGUCGGCGCGGGCAUCAUGGCGCUACCGGCCACCAUGAAGGUGCUCGGUCUCGUCCCUGGGCUCGUCAUGAUAGUGCUCGCCGCGCUCCUCACCGACGCCUCCAUCGAGCUGCUCGUGCGGUUCAGCCGGGCCGCGGGCGCGCGCUCCUACAGCGCGGCCAUGGCCGACGCCUUCGGAUGGUGGGGUAGGAGGCUGCUCCAGGUCUGCGUCGUCAUCAACAACGUCGGCGUCAUGAUUGUGUACAUGAUCAUUAUAGGCGAUGUGCUUUCUGGAUCCACUUCUGGUGGUGAGCAUCACUAUGGUGUGUUAGAAGGAUGGUUUGGAAUACACUGGUGGAAUGGGCGUUUAUUUGUUCUCCUUGUCACAACCCUUUGUGUGUUCACUCCACUAGCAUGCUUGAAGCGUAUUGAUUCACUAAGCUAUACAUCCACAAUAUCUGUUGCUUUGGCGGUUGUAUUCGUUAUUAUUACUGCAGGAAUUGCUGUCAUCAAGUUGAUAGGUGGACAAAUUCCAAUGCCCAAGUUGUUUCCCACUGUUUCUGAUUUGGCAUCUGUUUGGGAACUUUUUACAGCAGUGCCGGUUCUUGUCACUGCUUACGUUUGCCAUUACAAUGUUCACCCAAUUCAUAAUGAGCUAAAGGACUCUACCCAGAUUAAGCCAAUAGUACACACAUCAUUGACACUAUGCUCGACCAUCUACAUCACAACAAGUUUCUUUGGAUAUCUCCUCUUUGGUGAAUCUACACUCUCUGAUGUGCUCUCCAACUUUGAUUCAAAUCUUGGGAUCCCAUACAGUUCAGUCCUCAAUGAUGCUGUCAGAGUGAGCUAUGCUGUUCACCUGAUGCUUGUGUUCCCCAUGAUAUUCCAUGCAUUGAGGCUUAAUUUGGAUGGGCUCCUCUUCGCCUCUGCAAGGCCUCUGUCUUCUGACAACAGAAGAUUCGGCAUAAUUACAGCAUCGCUCCUCCUAGUGAUUUUUGGGUCUGCAAUCUUCAUUCCUAGUAUUUGGGAUGCCUUUCAGUUUACUGGGGCAACUGCUGCUGUCUGUAUCGCCUUUAUUUUCCCAGCUGCGAUCACUUUAAGGGAUUCACAAGGUAUUGCCAAGAAGUGGGACAAAAUUCUGGCGAUCUUCAUGAUUGUUCUUGCUGUUGUAUCAAAUGUAGUAGCGGUCUACAGCGAUGCCUACAAAAUAUUCAACAAGGAAAGUGCUCCUUCUAAUGCCUGGAUCGGGGAGUCAACUGAAAAUAGAUCUUCGUGGUGGCUUGUACGUUAGUUGGCCAAUAAAAUAUUCAUAGUUCAUUUAGGCUUUGUUUUUGGUGAUUUGUUCCACGGGCCAUGGUCUGCUCAAAUCUCAUUGAGUUUUGUGUGUAUAUCUACGAUAGGUAUGAAAAUUUGCACAAACCGAAGUGCUCCGGUACCAUAAAAAUAAUUGUGUCAAAUCUGAAAUUACAGAGUUACGAUCAUGAUGACUCUUUUUG